UAGAUGACCUCCUGCCGGUGCGGAGAGAGGGACCCUCUUGUGCUCUCUGUCUGUCUGCGCGCUGCGACAGAGAGAGGACUGGGAGUAACCCUGUCCCGUUUGCUCAUCUUCGCCCGCUGGAAUAGUUCUCAGAUCUUCGGCGUUGCUGCUGCUUGCAAGGUGAUCCUCUGCGUUUGGCAACUUCCGUUCUGAAGAGACGCGGCCCGCCAGCUUACAGGGUACUGCGGCCGCCCUCCGUUCACUCGCGAAUCGCGGUCUGCCAACCUCACGGCGGAUGAUGGCAUGAGACCCCGGCUAUUUAUACAGAAAGGGGAUCCCACUGGCAGCUGGGACUCCGCAAGAAGGCUCGGAACCCCUGCCCUUCCAAUCCACCGGCUGUAACUCAGGCAACCGCCUGACCAAUCACGGGCGAAUCAACACAUGACUGGUGGAGCUCCCCGUGGGGCCGUUGGUAUCACAAAAAGACUCCCCACGGCUGUGCGAAUCUACAGCAGCUGGACACAACCCAGCCCCGGUCACGCCUGCAACAUGGCACAGGUGCAGAAGAAGACCACCACCAUGUCCCUCACCAUCUCCUCCUGCUCCCGGGAGUCCUCCUCCUCCACUGUGGUGCAGCAGAGACACUCCAGCCUGGUGCAGCCCCUGCACAUCAGCCCCCAGAGGACGCAAAGCCCAUCUUACAGCCAGCAUUAUUCUGGGAAUGGAGGCGUGGCCCCAACAUUUGUAAAGUGUCUCCAUGACAUCAGCACCGUGAAGGGCCAGCUGGUCGUUCUGGAGUGCCGGAUUCGAGGAACCCCGCCCCUGCAGGUCCUGUGGUACCGUGAGGAGGAGCAGAUCGAGGAUUCGGCAGAUUUCCGCAUCCUCAGGAAGAAGGCCAGUUCUGCAUCAGUCCCCGAGGAGUUAUGCACACUGGUCAUCACAGAGGCCUACCCAGAGGACUCUGGGAUGUUUAAGUGCAUUGCGGGUAAUCAGUAUGGCACGGUGUCCUGCAGUGCUUUGCUGGAGGUGUACAGUGACCUGGAUGAGGUGUUGUCCAAUGAUGAGCCCUCAGGAGGCUCCGUGGGGCAGGACUCCGAUGACUUCCCCUCUUUCCUCCGGGACGCCACCGAAAUCCCUCCCCCAGAGUGGCCAAGCAGCCCCGAAGAGGAGAUGACCCCUCUCUCGGGCGCAUCUCCAGAAUUGCAGGAGCCAAGUAAAACCGCAGCCGAGCCUUACAGCCCUGCCGGCGAGAGCAACCACAGCUCCAUAUCCCGUGGGACACCCGAGGCCUGCUCCCCCUCCACACCGCCACCCGCCGAGGAUCGAACGCCCUCCCCGGAGCUGCCCAGGACCAGCCACAGCCAGGCCCACAGCCAGGCCCACAGCAGCCAGCAGGAUCCCGGGGGCAACAUGAGCGUAGCCGACCUCCCCACCUUCACCCCCACCCUGUACCCGCCCACGGCCUUCAACUACGAGCGGCCCCGCCACUUCAUCCAGUCCCAACCGCACUUCCAGGCGCCCAGCUAUGAGAGCGUGCAGCAGUCGCCCUCGUCCUACCCCAACGGGAGCACCUCCUCUUCCGCCCUGAGCUCCCCCAUCUCCCCCACCCCCACGUCCUCCUCCGUGGGCUCCCCCCGGGACCCCCUGCCCGCCCCGCUCGUCUGCCCCCCCGACCCCCCGUCCCUGCCCCCGCCCCCGACCCCCAUGCGCAUCAGUGUGACGCUGAUCCCAAAAUCUCCCCAAAAUCCCCAACCGAAACCACAGCCACAACCCCAGCCACAGCCACAACACCCCUCCACCGCCGCCUUCCUGUCCUCCAUCCUGCCAUGCCAGACCCUCUCCCAGCCCAACCCGGCCCCCGCCCCUGCUCCCGCCUCCGCCCCCCUCCCAAAACCCACCUCCCCGAUCCGCUCCCCACAGUCCCCCCCUCCCCCUCCCGCUCCCAUGUCCCUGCCCGCCAAUAACUCUCCUCCCUCCGCCACCCCGCCCAGCCUGUCCCCAUCCCUCCCCAAGCCCACAGCCACCCUGCAGCAGAGUGUGGCCCCCUCCUCCUUUGUGUCUCUGCCUGCCAGCUACAGAGGCUCUACCAACAGUCUCCCCCGGCCCAUCCUGAAGAAGACUGCCCCCCGGCCGGUCUCCACCGACGAGGAGAUCCAGGGCUCCAAGGACGCCCUGAUCCAGGACCUGGAGAAGAAGCUGCGCUGCAAGGAGGCGCGGAGGAGGAACAACAGCCAGAAGCUGUCCUACGAGGAGCGCAUGGCUCGCAGGUUGCUGGGUCCAGACAGUGCAGCCUCCGUCUUCGAUCUGGAGAAUUCCCCGGACUCUCAAUCGGAGCAGCCAGAUUCACCAGAAGGAAGACACACUGGAGGCAUAUGGAGCGCACAGCACUCUGGGACAGAUGGCAACGAGGGCCCGGCGAUCCAGGAGAAGUGCUACGCUCCUCGCUUCCUGCAGGUGCCCCAGGACCUCAUGGUGGAAGAAGGGCGCUUCUGCAGGAUUGACUUUAAGGUGGGGGGCCUGCCCAUCCCGGACGUGUCCUGGUACCUGAACGGACAGGCCAUCCGGCCCAACGAGUACCACAAGAUGCUGGUGUGCGAGAAGGGCCUCCACUCCUUCAUCAUCGAGGUGGUGACGGUGGACCACGCUGGCGUCUACGAGUGCGUGGCCAAGAACCGCGCCGGGGAGAGCCGCUUCUCAAUGCGCCUGGACGUCAUCGCCCAGGAGAUGCUGCGCCCCCCCACCUUCGUACAGAAGAUGCAGAACUCUCGGGCCCUGGAGGGGGACACCGUCAGGCUGGAGUGCACGGUGGUGGCCUCCCCUCCCCCCCAGCUCUACUGGAAGAAGGACAAAGAGAUGUUCCACAUCGACCCAAACAGGAUGAGCAUGUACCAGGACAACACGGGAAGGCUGUGCCUGCUGAUCAACAGGGUGGAGAAGGCAGACGCGGGCUGGUACACGCUGUCGGCCAUCAACGAGGCCGGCAUGUCCAACUGCAACGCCAGGCUGGACGUGGGAACUCGGCUGAACAAGGCUGCCCCCGCAGGCAAGCACCUGAAAGUGCGGCCAGCCCUGAGCAGCCUCUCCGUUCUGAGCGCGGAGAGCACCCCAGAGAAGACGGCCCCCCUGUUCGAGAGCGAUGAGCUAUAGACGCCCCCUCAUCCCCACCCCCCCCCCUCCGCUCCCGCCCGUAUGCGUGUGCUGCCCUUCACACCUGUCCCACAGGGAUCCCAGCUGUUCCCGUCUUCCUGUCCGAGAGGAAGAGGGCGUCGGAGCUGGCGGGAAACCAACACUGCCGUGACCCCCCCAGGACACCCCCGCAUUUCUCAAAUGCACUUUAGUUUGAGGCUGUCCGUCACCCGCCGCCCCCCCCUCCGCUUCCUGUGCGUAUGUUUGUGUUGAAAAGGCCUUCGACCGACGCGUCGGACGCCACAACUCUGGUUUUUGCAGAUGUAGCGGUUAGAGGAUGACUUGUUAGCCUUUGUUAGAAUUUUAAAGUUGUCACCGUCUAUGACAUGUUUUUACAAUACCAAACUGUCUCUAGUGAGAAUGUACGUCCCUCCCGGCUUUCUUUCUAUAAAAAGCUAAUAAAAUGAUUCUAAUAUAUUAACUAUUUAUUGGGAUGCUGGAACUGAAAUGUUUGACCAUCUUGGUAAAUGCUACCCAGUUUUGCCAGUAAGGAAAGGAUUGAACGCCUCCCACCCCACUAGGGAACGAUGAGCCCUAUGAUUUUGAGUGACAGCUGAACUACAUUUGUUUGCGUAAAUGAAAUAUGGAUGAAUGUGUUAAGUCCCCGACAGCAUGGGACUGGACAUUUUGGGUUUGAAGGGGAAAUACCACUGUUAGGAUCACCUUUGCCUGUUUAGAUCCUGAUGCGGUCAACUUCAUAUGCAUACUUUAUAGUUAAUUUCUUUGAUUUCCUAUAGAGUUCAUUUCUGGUGUGGUUUGUCCUUUUCACAAAUUUAUUCAGCUUAAAUCGACUGGGUUAUUUGUCCCAUUUAUUUGCAUUUCUUGUUACAAAAACAGUAUUCUUGUCAAUAAAAAAAAAAGAAAAAAAAGUUAAACACAUUCUGAC